CUAACAUUAACAAGAAGUAGAAGUACCAUAUGCGAAUUUAUUAUACCAAAAGACACAGGUCCAUAACAGUUUCAACCCGUAUGAACCUCAAAACCUCGCCGCUUAACGUAAAACCCCCGACCGAUAAUGGCCGACGAAUCCGUAAGCGCGCCGGUUGUUAACGAUCAAGAUCCCGCAAUAGCGGCCGCGGACGAGAUGAAGCUUCUUGGAUAUGCCGUGCAGGAACUACCUGCUCACGCAGUGAAAGACCUGUUUGCGCACGAGGUGUGUGUCCGAUGCAUUUUUCGGUUAUUUAACAUUCAUGAGGGUAUUUAUGCUUUGCUAUCACCAACAACCAUAUAUUCCAUUAUUAAAAAAGCUAUAAAUUCAGAAGAUAUGGCGAUUAAGAGCACCAAAGAUACUGAAGAAUUAGAAGUGAAGUCAAGUAUUUGUUCAGUUUGCUUAGGUGUCUUGCAGUUUAGUUAUCUUGAUGAGAGAGAUACUUUAUUGGGGAAGGAUCAUGCUGAAGACUUUGCCAUGGCAGUUGCUGAAAGUGUGAAAGAGAAAGGUCAUGAAAUUCCCAGUUUUACCCUUGAAGUCUCGUUGCCAACACUCAUUACAGAAAAUGAACAAGUGAUUCUAUCGUAUUUGAAGAAGAAGUAUGCUUCUGAAGUUUGGUUUCAAGAGAAAUUCUCAUCUGAACAUAUUUCAGUAAAGGAUGCACUCAAGCUAUCUAUGACACAUCCCCUUGAAAAACUUUUGGGUGUUAAAUCUGGUGUUAGUGAUUUUCGUAUUCGUUUGACAUUCGAACAUGUUGAUGCUACAUCUGCUGAAAACAGGAUAGGGAAAAACCAAGGGAAUAAGAGAAUAAAAUCAGGAUCAAUUGCAGAUGAAAGUAAUGGACUUGUUAAAUGUAGCAAUGGGACAUUGCAAAGUGGUGAUGCAUCUGACAUUAAUUCUCCACUGAAAAAAGUUGGUCAACCUUGUCACAUGACAUUGGUUUGUUCUAGGGCACCUGUCUUCAUUGGUGGUCGAUAUCUCAAGUUCUCAAGAAAUGUGAGUCAAACCCGUUGGAUAAUUGAUGAAGAAAGGAAGGGAGAGGCGUCUGUUGAGGAGCUUAUUGGUGGCAAUAUCCUUCCCAUGUGUAAUGGUGAUAGCUACAAGUUUCAUGCUGCUGGGAGAGAGGAUAUAGAUGUGAGGAUGUUGGGGUCAGGUAGGCCAUUUUUGGUUGAGAUACAAAAUGCCCGUUUUGUCCCUUCUGAAGUAUCCAUCAAGGAAAUGGAAAACAAGAUAAAUAGUCUCGAAAGUAACCUGGUUAGAGUAAGACAUCUGAAGGUUGUAGGGAGUCAAGGAUGGAGCUUAAUGCGUGAAGGAGAAGCAGAAAAACAGAAACAAUAUGCUGCUUUGGUGUGGAUAUCUCGCCCUAUUAGUGAUGAUGAUGUGGAAGCUGUGACAUCCCUCAAGGAAUUGAAAGUUUUGCAGAGAACACCGGUUAGGGUUCUUCAUAGGCGAAGUCCUUUGGAUCGAGAAAAGACUAUUCAUUGGAUGAAAAUUGAGAAAAUUGCUGGAAGUUGUCAGUAUUUUCUACUUCAUCUAUGCACCCAAGCUGGAACGUAUAUCAAAGAAUUUGUUCAUGGAGAUCUUGGACGUACAAAUCCUAGCAUUGGGUCUAUUCUUGGGUGUAGGGCUGAAAUUCUGCAACUUGAUGUGACAGAUGUCAAAAUGGAUACCUUAACCGAAUGACUGCUGUAUGUGGUGGAUUUUUGAAGUGAUUUUGAGUGGAUGUCAUGCAAUUACGUUGUUUUUGUAACUGUAGAAUCUUGUGUCUAUGUUGAUUGACACAUAAGGGAGCAUGAAAUGAUGGGAAGAAAACAUGGAUGUAUUUUUUCUAUGUAAUGACUUGUAUCUCAUGCAUUAUAAGUUGUAAAUUAAUUUUUACACCAGCCAGCUGAAAUUAGAUUUUGAAGAGUCCUUUUAAUAGGCUCCAAGGGGUUCUAAAUUAAUUCUUACAUAUGUGAGUUCUAAUUUAUUAAUUAAUUCUUUG